UCUCAUCUCAUCUCAGGUAUCUAUUCUAUAUCGAUGGUGUCUCUCUCUCUUCUCUUUCCCAUCUCAGACUGAGUUCUCUCUCUCACACACUCUCAUCCAUCUCAGAUCAGAUCAGAUCGGUGUGCUGCUGCUCUCUCUCCGUCGAUCUCCAUCUCAGAUUAGAUCGAUCUAUAGCUGUUGUCUUCCUCUUUCGGCGAGCUCCUCUCUCUCUCUCUCUCUCUCUUUAACACUCUGAAAUAGGUUUAAUCUGUAACACUCUGAAAUAGGUUUAAUCUGUAACACUCUGAAAUAGGUUCCCAGAUCAUCCAUCGCAGAUUAGAUCGAUUGUUCAUGUCAUCUACAAUGGAUUCGGUGAAUACUUGAAGGCUUAGGAAUCAGCGAUAUGCGCCGUUAGAUGAUGAUGUACUCAUCGGCUGAUGUGUUUUGUUGUAGUAAAAAUCAUAGUAUGUGAUGACGGACGCUUGCUCAACACAAACCAGGAUCACCAAAAUAUUGCAAAUCUGAAAAGGAGCUGUGAGAUUUUGCGUAAAAGGAUGCAGAACAAUAACUCCUUCCAUGAAGACUCGUUUCAAGUUCGAAAACUAGAGAUUUCAGACAAAAGCAAGGGCUUCAUUGAACUGUUACAACAACUAACUGUAUGUGAUUCUGUAUCUGAAAAACAAUUUGAAGAACGAUUUCGAGAGCUCAGUUCAUAUGGUGAUGAUCAUCUUAUAUGUGUCAUUGAAGACAAUCGCUCUGGGAAGAUUGUUGCAACUGGAAGUGUGUUUACUGAAAAGAAGUUCAUAAGGAAUUGUGGCAAAGUUGGGCAUAUUGAAGAUGUUGUAGUGGAUUCUAGUGCUCGAGGAAUGCAGUUAGGAAAGAAAAUUGUUGAGUUCCUUAUAGAUCAUGCUCGUUCCACAGGUUGUUACAAGGUAAUCCUUGAUUGCAGCACUGAUAACCGAGUUUUCUAUGAAAAGUGUGGUUUCAAGCAAAAAGAAAUUCAGAUGGUGAAGUACUUCAUUUGAGGAGUUUUUUUUUUUUUUUUUUUUCGUGGAUUGAUAUUGCAAAUUCAGUAAUGGUGAAGAGUAAUCUCUCUCCCUGUUAGUUUAUUUUGGAAACUACAUUGGGUGGUGGAAAGGGUUGAAUCGAUUAACUACCUGAGUUGGAUUCUACUCCAGAAGUAACUGGUGCCGCUGCAGGCUAACUAGUGACAUGUAAAAUGAAACCUUACUGUUAUCGCAGAGAAGUCUAAUUAGUGAGAAUCUCUUCUUCUUCUUCUUCUUCAUUUUUUUUAUAAUGUUUUUUCAAAUUUUUUUUAGCAGUUACUACUAUUAUCACCAUGGAAAGACAAUAUGAGCUAUACUUUUUUUCUGAUUCAAAUGAAACAGUUUCUGUUUA